AUGGGACGGGACAUCAUUACGUUGGACGAUUUAACAAAGAACAAUUUAGGGACUUUUAAAAAAAUCAUUGAGGUCACUUUGCCAACUACAUAUCCAGAGUCAUGGUACACAAACUCUCUAAAUAGUGAUCAAAUCACCAAACUUGCAUUCUACAGUGAGUUACCCGUGGGACAGGUCAAGGGGAAGUUGAUCAAUUCCUCUCACAAGGUUCCAAACUUUGAAGUUGCAAACAGCAACAACAUGAACCUGAAGAUGAUUCCGAACGCAGUAUACAUUGAGUCCUUCUCUGUAUUAAAGGCUUACCGUAACUUGGGUAUUGGUUCGAAGUUAUUGGAAUGGCUCAUUGAUGAAGCCAAGCUGAAGUUUAUUCAUGAAAUCGUGUUACACGUUCAUGUUGACAAUCAAGCAGCUAUCGAGUGGUAUAAAAAGAAAGGCUUUGUUCCAAGCGAAGAGGUUGUUAAGGACUACUAUAAACAACAAGGCUUGUCUAAUCCAGACGCUAUCGUCUUAACGUUAACUAUUUAA